CUGCACACACGGAACCAGUCUUUCGAUCUGUUGACAACCGAGGCAAUUGGAUGUUACACCACAGAAGCUUCCCUUGAAACAAGCGAACUCAUUGAAGGAUUUGUACCUGAGGUCCUUUGUUAAACGUUAAAAGAUGUUUUUGACAAGAUCAGAAUAUGACAGAGGUGUGAACACAUUCUCUCCUGAAGGAAGAUUGUUCCAGGUUGAGUAUGCCAUAGAGGCUAUAAAAUUGGGCUCCACAGCCAUCGGUAUCCAGACAUCAGAGGGAGUGUGUCUGGCUGUGGAGAAGAGGAUCACCUCUCCCCUGAUGGAGCCCAACAGCAUUGAGAAGAUUGUGGAGAUUGACAGUCACAUCGGUUGUGCAAUGAGCGGCUUGAUAGCUGAUGCCAAGACUUUAAUUGACAAAGCAAGAGUGGAAACACAGAACCACUGGUUUACAUAUAAUGAGACAAUGACAGUGGAGAGUGUGACUCAAGCGGUGUCCAACCUGGCGCUGCAGUUUGGAGAGGAGGACGCUGAUCCUGGUGCCAUGAGUCGACCAUUUGGCGUAGCACUGCUGUUUGGAGGAGUUGAUGAAAAAGGACCCCAGCUAUACCACAUGGACCCUUCAGGAACCUUUGUGCAGUGUGACGCACGGGCCAUCGGCUCGGCAUCUGAGGGAGCACAGAGCUCUCUGCAGGAGGUCUACCACAAGUCUAUGACAUUAAAGGAUGCCAUCAAGUCAUCGCUCACCAUUCUGAAACAGGUGAUGGAGGAGAAGCUCAACGCCACCAACAUUGAGCUGGCAACAAUAGAGCCUGGGAAGACAUUUCACAUGUACUCCAAAGAGGAGCUGGAAGAGGUAAUCAAGGAUAUCUAAAGCAGAAAAAAAUUGUUGAAGAGUCUUGGUUUGAGGUCUGGGCAGGAGAAGAGAGGACGUGGUUUUGCACCUGGGCCGAACAUCACAGCACAACCACAACUUUCCAUCAGCACAUUUUCCCUCUUGCUACAUUCAGAUUUUUUUUAAUGCAUAAGAGUUUUUUUCUUUGUAACGUGCUAUUUUACAUCGUGUCUCUCAGUAUCUGUACAGUUCCUGUACAGGAGUCUGACCAGCACUUAAAACUGAGUGGCAGGAGUAAAGUAGGGGUGGGGGCUAGUUUUUGUUACGAUUCAGUACUGCAAUUAAACCAUUGUAUUCAGAAAGUGA